AACAUUCGGCGAUCUUGACAGCGGUGCAGCUACGUCAUGGCUCCAACUUCCUCCAAGCUUUCCCUUGCCGCCCAAUUUGACGAUUAUUGCCGACAGUCCGUCCAGAAAAGCAACAUCGAGACAGAGUUCCUUGCCUUUGUGAAAAACCAGGAAGAGUGCCGCAAGCGGUGGCAUGCUACAGAACUUGACAAUGCUCGGCUCAGAACGGAGCUGGAAGCUCUCAAGGGUGCUCAUCUGGAGCUUGAGCGCAGACUGGCUUACACCAGGGAGGUUUUGGAGAAAGAAGUGCAGCGCAGAGAACGCAGCGAAGAGGAGAAAGAGGCCAAGUUGAAGCAGAUCGAGCUCAUCCGAGAGUUCAUCAUGAACGACGUGGAGCUGAGAGACGAGACUAUGGAGAAGCUGCCAUUCCUGCGGCCGUCCAACGCGCAACAGGCCAGCGGCCACAACAGGUUGAACACAAUCGACGAGUCUGUGGGCUCGGUCCUGUCUGUGUCUCGUGAAAGCUUGGACGACCACAGCGACGGCGGCGGUGGCGCACGGCGCAGCUCAAGGUUGCGAGAGAAAGGCAGCUCUGGCAAGGGGCAGCUCGAAGAUGGAGGCAACGCACGCAAGCGCAGGUCUCAGGGGACACAGGAAGGUGAUGAAGUAGACCCGAAGCGAGCCAACGUGAUAGCCACCACGACGGUGACCAUGACGAACGGCAAGGAGUUUGUCACCACCUCACGCUUCUUCGCUCCGCCGGCAUCAACGGUGCCCAGCGCUCCCCCACUGCCUCGCUCGGCGACUCCCGCUGCUGUCACACCCCCUACCCUCACCGGAGCCGGCACACCUGCCACCCCCGCCACUCCCGCCACGACCCCCGUGGGCCAGCAACGCUGCUUUGGAGGUCCGGAGAGCACUCCUAGGCGCACCAACUCGGCGGGCAAGCUGCAGUCGCGGGUGCACGACUUUGUGUCCAAAACGGUGAUCAAGUCCGAGGCAUGCGGACCCUGUGGAAAGCGCAUCAGGUUCUACAAGACUGCCCUCAAGUGCGUGCGCUGCCGCUCCACCUGCCACCCAGAGUGCAGGAAUCAGGUUCCCCUCCCGUGCGUCCAGGUGUCCCAGACGCCCACCCAGGGUGGAACUCACACGUGGAAGGGAACUGUCGUUGCAGACCACGUGCCCCCCACUGCACCCAUGGUUCCGGCUGUCGUAGUGCACUGCAUUCAGGAAGUGGAGCGCCGGGGGCUCUCGGAAGUGGGCCUCUACCGCGUCUCCGGCUCGGAGCGCGAGGUGCGGGAGAUCAGGGAGCAGUUCCUGCGCGGCAAGGGGGUCCCAAACCUGUCCAAAGCGGACAUCCAUGCCAUUUGCGGUGUACUGAAGGAUUUCCUGCGUUCCCUCCGCGAAACCCUCAUUUGCAAGUCAGUCUGGAGAGACUUUGUCAAGGCUGCAGAGAUGGAUCCGGGCAACCGCGUGUGGGCCACCUGGCAGGCGGUGACCCAGCUCCCGCCGCCCAAUCGGGACACCCUGGCCGCCCUAGUGUUGCACCUUCAGCUGGUUUCGGAGACCCCGGAGACCAAGAUGCCCAUCUCGAACCUGGCACGUGUGUUCGGCCCCACCGUCGUCGGGUACUCCAUGCCGGACAUCGACCUCGUGCCAAACGUCCACCUUGAGACCGAGAAGCAGGCUCGGGUGAUGGAAAGCAUUCUCAACAUCCCCUCUGAGUACUGGAAAACAUACAUGGACGUCGAAAGCGACGACGACAUCAGGACUCCGGAACUCAAGCCUGGUCCUGGAAGCGCCAUUCUCGGCUCCAUCCACGGCUCUCUGGGAAAGAAGUCUGGACGCACCCCUAUGAGAUUCACACCAACUAGUCGCACAAAGAUUUCUCUCACCCCCAGUGCCACUAAUGCCAGGAGCCUGCCAAAAGGGCACUCCACUGGGACCCGGAGGAACUACUUCACAUCACCGGCCCUGAAGUAACUGAUGCAAUGGAACGUGACUGGCUAUUUUAUCAUUGACAGUGCUUGUUUUAGCAUCUUAAUAAGACCCAUACAUCGCGUAUCAGUAAUUUCAAGUUUCUAUUGACCUCUGGGCAAUUUUAAAAUGAAACUUAAUAAAUUUUUAGUUUGG